AUGUUUAGCUUAAGUUGCUAAGAGUGGAUUCUGUAAACUGAUGAAGGUAGAUGUGUUCCUAGAUCUACAUGUGUUUUUUAUCGAAGUGAAGCAGCUUUUAAAAAGGGUUAAGUUGAGGUCCCAAGUGAAUUUGAUGUAACAGUUGAAGCAACAACAAGAACUAAAUCAUACUAAUCUAAAGAAUACAUAAAAAUCAAAGCAUCUCCAAAAAACGCUUAUGUUAUUAAUGAACUCAAUUUUGUAAAAUUAAGUUAGAUGUGCCUGUUCUAAGAAUAAAUUAUCAUGCAAAUCAAGAUGAUCUGA